AUGACGGUAUCUCACCUCUUUAGCAAGUUCAAGACCAACCCGGCUGAACAGGCCGAACACGCCGAGGUGUCGCACUCUGCACCCACCUCCGGUGCUGGUUCGUUGACAGAGAAGCAUGCCCAUUACGACGACAGCAAGGUGCCCUACUUGACAUGGCGGUCAUGCAUCAUGGGACUCAUUGCUUCAAUGGGUGGUUUCAUCUUCGGUUACUCGACUGGACAAAUCUCUGGCUUCGAGACCAUGCAUGACUUCCAAGUGCGUUUCGCUCAGCACGACGAAUCCGGCUACUACUUCAGCAACGUCCGUUCCGGUUUGAUUGUCGGUCUCAUGUCCAUCGGAACUAUGAUUGGUGCCCUCGCUGCUAGUCCUCUUGCAGACCGUUUCGGAAGAAAAUUGUCCAUCACAUUCUGGUGCAUCAUCCACAUGGUCGGUAUCAUCGUGCAGAUUGCUACUUCCACCAAGUGGUAUCAGGUCGCCGUCGGUCGUCUUGUGGCCGGUCUUGGUGUUGGUGCUCUCUCCAGUCUUGUGCCCAUGUAUCAGAGUGAAUCUGCUCCUCGUCAUGUCCGUGGUGCCAUGGUCAGUGCCUUCCAGCUUUUCGUCGCCUUCGGUAUCUUCGUUGCUGCCUGCAUCAACUUUGGCACUGAACGAAUUCAAUCCACCGCCGCAUGGCGUAUCACCAUGGGUAUCGGUUUUGCCUGGCCUUUGAUCCUCGGUAUUGGUAUUCUCUUCUUGCCUGAGUCUCCUCGUUUUGCCUACCGCAUGGGUCGCAUCGAAGAAGCCAAGCAUACUAUGACUAAGUUGUAUGGUGUUCCCCACAACCACCGUCUCGUCGCCGAAGAAAUCGCCGACAUGAAGGACAAGCUUGACGAAGAAAAGGCUGCCGGAAAGGCUGGUGUUUUUGAAAUCUUCACUGGCCCUCGUAUGCUCUACCGCACCCUUCUCGGUAUUGGCUUGCAAUCUCUUCAGCAGCUCACCGGUGCCAACUUCAUCUUCUACUACGGAAACACCAUUUUCACUUCUACCGGUCUUAACAACAGCUACGUUACUCAGAUGAUCAUGACUGGUGUCAACUUUGGUGUUACCAUUAUCGGUCUCUACAUUGUCGAGCACUUUGGACGCCGCAAGUCUUUGAUUGCCGGUGCCCUCUGGAUGUUUGUCUGCUUCAUGAUCUUCGCCACUGUCGGACACUACUCUCUCGACCGGGCCGAUCCUCCCGCUACUCCUAAAGCCGGAACCACCUUGAUUGUCUUUACCUGCUUCUUCAUUGUUGGUUUCGCAACCACUUGGGGACCUAUUGUCUGGGCGAUUGUCGGUGAACUCUACCCUGCCCGCUACAGAGCCACCUGCAUGGGAAUUGCCACCGCCUCCAACUGGACAUGGAACUUCUUGAUUUCCUUCUUCACACCUUUCAUCUCCAGCGCUAUCGACUUCCAAUACGGUUACGUUUUCGCUUCAUGCUCUUUUGCCGCUGCCGUCGUCGUAUACUUCUUCGUCUGCGAGACCCAAGGCCGCACUCUCGAGGAAAUCGACACCAUGUACGUCCAGCACGUCAAGCCAUGGAAGAGCUCAAGCUGGGUUCCUCCCGCCAACCUCCGCCGAGCUGCUGAGCAGGAGGAGGCUGAAGCUCCAGUUUCUUCUGUUUAA